AUGAAAUUAAAGGGACAACAAUGGGGAAAUCAUAUUUGUCCCGAGAUAAUGGAUAAGGUGAAUUUUCUUAAAGAAAUUCAAAGGCAUUAUCAGGGUAGUACAAGUGAACCACAACAACAUGAAGAGGUUGAAAUGACUCCAAUUGAGAUGUAUACUACUCAAAAUGAUAUGCAAGUUACUCCUACUGAUGUUGAAUCUAGUGGUGUGGGGGAUUUUAGUCAGUCUAUGCAAUUUACUCCACCAAGAAGUUAUGAAGGUGAUGAGGGUGAGGAAGUUGAGGAGGGUGGUAAUGUUCAAGAUGAUGAGGUUAAUCCUAAUGUCCAAGUUGUUGAUAAUGUUCAAAUUCAAGAGGUUGUUCCUGUUAUCCAGGUUCAGCAAGUAAGGGUUAGGCCAAUUUCAUAG